AUGGAGGCAAAAUGCGAGUAUCAAGUUGGUGAUCUGGCCUGGGCAAGGAUGGGUACAUACCCUUUCUGGCCUUGUAUCAUAACAAGAGACCCAUUGAGUGGCACAUUUGUUAAAAAGAAAUUGUUUGGUCGCAUAGAACAUGAUGUGCUACAUGUUACGUUCUUUGGUGACAAUGGCCGUAGAGGUUGGAUCGUUGACAACAUGCUAAGAAAGUUCUUAGGCCGGCUAGAGUUUGAAACAGAACGAGAUAACUACACAGUUGAGGAAAAGAAACGUGAUCCGAAACUGUAUGGGGCCUUUUUCAUAUCAGAAAAGAAACAAACCCAAUGGUCAAUAUCAGUUGAUGAGGCAGAAGCAUUGAUGCGGGAACCAAAGAGGCUCAGAAUUGAUAUUUUACGAGACAUGCUUGUAAAGUCGCAAUGUUCGAAAACUACGCCAAAAAUAGAAAGGAGCAAAAAAGUGACUAGAACAAAUAGUGAUGUGUCAUUAAGUGAGAGUUUGUACGACACAUUAUUUUCCGAAGAUGAUAGUAAAACCCAUGAAAAUGAGCGGUCUAGAAGUAAAACUAGAAAUAAGUCUUUAGAUGUGUCGGAGGUCGUUACCGCAUGCCUUGACAAUAUGGCUGCGAAAACGGGUAUAACAAAAAUUCAAAGGCAAUCUCAUAUGGACCGAUGGUUACAAAAGGCGAAAUCUAAAACACCCGAAAAAUCACUUCUAAAAGCUCAAACCACACCAAAGAUUGAUAAAGACUCGAAAACAAACAAUAAAAAACACAAACGAUCGCCAUCUAAAGAAUCGAGCACUAAAAAAUCACUCAGUUUGAGAAGACGUAGGAAUGAAUCUCAGGAUGAUAUUGAAAUCAAAUUGCUAUCACACCAAAACGAACACGAUUAUAGUAAAAAAGAUUUUGAAUCUGAUGUUAACAAUGAUAAUCUCAUGCAGGAAGUAGAAAGCAAUAAAUUUGAAGAGUUAAGUGAAAAUGUUUAUAUUGGGCAAGUGGAUUCAAGUAUUGGGAGUGUAGAAAGUGUUGGUAAUUAUAAUAAAGACGGCGAAGAAAGCGAUGUACAUUUGACAGUUGUAAAUGAAGAAUUAAUUGAAACGGAAAGUGAUCAUAAUAUACAAUUAUUACCGGAAAAAAUAAUAUCAGAAUUUAACGACAUCGAGUCCACGGCAGCAGAUGGCGACGAGGUAGUACUUGAAUCAAUGACGAAAUCAAAUGAAAAUUUACUAACGAACUUAGCUGAUCAAGAUGACUUUAAUGAAAUAAACAAUUAUGGUACAAAUGUAAAUAAAAAUGAUACAGUAUUAGAUAAUAAUGAUUUUAACCAGAUAGAAAAAAUGAACUAUGAUGAUUGUGAAGAUGGAAGCGUUGACUCCACUACGAAUUUAGACGAAUGUCAAAGAAUGGAUUUAGAUGUGAAUGACGGUUUGGAACAUGAGAAAAACGCAGCAGGUGGUAGUGCAGACGAGCAAACUGAAGAUACCGAAGAAAGCGAUUGCGACGGAUUCCAAUCAUCUGAGGAUAAUGAAGACUUAGAUAGCAAUAUAUCUGCUACUUUGACAGAGUCCACGGUCGUGACGUCUGAAAAAUAUGAAGAAAUGGAUGAUACAUCCGCAGGGGAUUACCCGAAAACUGAAGAUAUUUCGAAGCAUGAAGAAGAAAAGGAGUGUUACGAUGCGCCUACAGUAAAUGGCGAUGUUGAACCCAAUAGGAUAUGUGACACGGCGCUAAUCGACGAAAAAGCUUUUUUAGACGAGAGAUCUAAUCGGACCUCGGUUGCUGAAACCGAAUCGAUGGACUCCGACAACACUGAAGAACUGCUGAGCUCCAACGACCCACAAUCCGAGAUAGAUCCCGUCGGUUACAAUUCAAAAGCGAACGUCGACCCCAAAUCCAUCGAAAAUAAUGACGACUCGGUCUCUGUGACCUCCGAGACCAACUCUGAAAUCUCCGAAUUCAAACACAGAACGAAACCAAAGCACGGAAGACCGGCCGAUAAACAUUUCACGUCCCUCAAAAGUGGGCUGGAGGACCCCGAGUUCUUAAAAUACCUCGAGCUGCGCCAAGAUGCCCUGAUCGAUGAGAACCCGAGUAUAACGCAAGAGGAGAUAACAAACUACCUGUACAAGACAUGGCUCUACGAGGAGAGCUCGAAGUCUGAGAGGAAAAGGACCGACGACAUCGAACAGGCGGCUUUGGUGAAAGGUCUGAAUCAGGAGCCCGUCCAGCCAAAGAAACCAAGGAAGAGGAUCAAGGUCAACAAGGAGAUCUACAACGACGAGGAUGGAAUGCCAAAGGCGAAAUCGAAACGGAAGAUAAUCAGGCCGUAUUACAACGAAGACUACUCGGAUCUCGACAGCGACUUUGAAAUGUACGAAAUGUUCAACAGCAAACCCAAUAGUGCUCUCAAAUCAACCAACGCCCCUCUAGAGAACGGCACUGUUGAUGGAGGGAACUGCAACGAAGCGGUGCUUCUCAGCGGCGAUGACUACGAUCAGGUGGAGGAGUACUUCGACCAGCUGACCAGGCCGAAGCCGAACCUGUUCAAGGGCCUGAUCAGGGAGAGGGUCUGCGAGAUCUGCGAGAGGUCCGGCAACCUAGUGAAGUGCAAGGGCUGCCACUCAACGUUUCACACGGAGUGCACCAAGAAGGAGACGGAGGCGAUAGAGGCGCAGCUGCCCACUCGGGGCCGAAAGAAGAAGAAACGCAACAGGGGCAGGAAGCGGAAGUCCACCGAGGACUCUAACGGCGCCGACGUGGGCAGCCAGAGCGACGAGCGGUCGCCGGAAGACCAGAACCAGUCGCUCGACGAGAUCGUAGCCGAGCCGCGUAUCGUCGUAGACGCCGACGAGGCGGAAACGCGCCUCUGCGCCGCAAUGCGCGAGCUGUUCGACCAGGGCAAAGAGUACCUCUCCGACUCGAGCGAGAACGAGCUCAGCUGGAGCGACGCGGAGGCGGGCAAGUGCCGCAUCGUCGACGUGCCGCUGCCCUCCAAGAGGCGGGCGGGGCUCGUUGCAGACGUCGACUUCCGUUGCAACGGGUGCUCGCGCGGCGACGAGCCCGCCUGCUUCGUGUGCAAGUCGGCGAGAUCGCCCCGCGACGGCGCGGAGUACAGGCAGCGGUGCCAGGUGGCGCACUGCCACCGCCGCUACCACCAGGAAUGCCUGGAGCACUGGCCGCAGACGCAGCUCAGCCCCGGCGGGGCGGGGCGCUCCGGCCGCAAGCCGGCGGGCUACUUCGAGCCGGUCACGUGCCCCCGCCACGUUUGCCACACGUGCGUGUCGGACGACCCGCGCGGCUGCAAGACCCGCUUCAGCGGCGACAAGCUCGCCCGCUGCGUCCGCUGCCCCGCCACCUACCACACGUUCACCAAGUGCCUGCCCGCCGGCACGCAGGUGCUCACCGGCUCGGCGAUCGUCUGCCCCCGGCACUACGAGCACAGGCCGGGGAAAGUGCCGUGCCACGUGAACACGGGCUGGUGCUUCAUCUGCGCGCUGGGCGGGUCGCUGAUAUGCUGCGAGUACUGCCCCACCUCCUUCCACGCGGAGUGCCUCAACAUAAAGCCGCCCGAAGGUGGUUACAUGUGCGAAGACUGCGAGACGGGUAGACUGCCGCUCUACGGCGAGAUGGUGUGGGUGAAGCUCGGCCACUAUAGAUGGUGGCCCGGCAUCAUCCUUCACCCGUCCGAGAUCCCAGCGAACAUAAUGGCGGUGAAACACUCGCCCGGCGAGUUCGUGGUUCGCUUCUUCGGCCAGUACGACCACUACUGGGUCAACAGGGGCAGAGUGUUCCCGUUCCAGGAAGGUGAUUCAGGCAAAUUGUCGAGCCAGAAGUCUAAAAUUGAUGUGGCAUUCUCCAUGGCCAUGGAACAUGCUCAAAGGGCGUGCGAGAUAUUGAAGACCGUGGAGCCCAACGAGGAGGAGUCGCUGGACAUCGCGUCCUCGCUGCUGCCGCCGCACUACGUGAAGCUGAAGGUGAACAAGCCGUGCGGCUCGCUGGUGGGCAGGCGGCCCGACGCGGAGGCCUCGCUCACGCAGUGCGACUGCGGGCCCGACGAUGAGGACCCCUGCGGGCCCUACUCGCAGUGCCUCAACAGGAUGCUGCUGACCGAGUGCGGCCCCUGCUGCCGCGCCGGCCCGCGCUGCAACAACCGCGCCUUCGAGCGGCGCGAGUACCCGCGCCUCACGCCCUACCGCACGCCGCAGCGCGGCUGGGGCCUCAAGACGCUCGACCACAUACGCGCCGGCCAAUUCGUGAUCGAGUACGUCGGCGAGUUGAUAGACGAGGAGGAGUUCAAGCGGCGGAUGGUCAGGAAACACGAGAUCCGGGAUGAGAACUAUUACUUCCUCACGCUGGACAAGGAGAGGAUGAUCGAUGCGGGGCCCAAGGGGAACCUGGCCAGGUUUAUGAAUCACUGUUGCGAGCCGAACUGCGAGACCCAGAAGUGGACAGUGCUGGGCGACAUUAGAGUUGGGCUGUUUGCGUUGCGUGAUAUACCUCCCAACAGUGAAGUGACCUUCAACUACAACCUGCAAUGCGCCGGAAUUGAGAAGAAACGCUGCUUGUGUGGAGCGAAGCGAUGUUCAGGGUAUAUGGGUGCGAAGCCAAAGCAGAACGAGCCGCAGCCUAAGAAGCCGAGGAAGGACCCAACUGCCAAACGCGCCUACAGAAAGAGGAAGAACGUCGAGCUCUCGCCAGUGGGGAGAGGUCGGCCGCCGAAGAGGCGGGUUUCCCGCUCCAAGCCUCGCGAGCUCACCGACAUCGAGAGGGACCUCUUAAUCAUCAGGAGCGCCACCGACGGCAUGUCCAGCGAUGAGGAAUCGACUAAGGACGGACAGAAGCGGAAAAGGCCACGCACAUUGUACGAUGAACCGACCGCAGACGACGGCGGGAACUCGCCAAGCGCGAAACGUUCUAAAACGCAAGUCGAAGUGGGCGAU